AUGGCAGCUGAACGCCAAUCGUCAACUCACCCACCAGCUCACCCCAGCUAUAUUCUUCGUGGCCACGCCUCACAGAUACACAGCGUUCAAUUUGUGCGCCAGAACACUCGUCUCAUCACGGGUGAUGCAGAUGGCUGGGUCAUAUACUGGAGGCUCGAGACCAAGCGUGCGCUAGCUAUGCGCGCGUCAGAUGAGUCUACAUUAUCGACUGCUUUGCCCGCAGAGGCUACCUCUGGCGAUCGUCCAAUGCCAUGGCUUCUGCACACACUACCAGUGAACACCCUAAACUUCUGCGCCUUCUCUAUGUGUUAUGCACCUGUACAGAUAGUGGCACCGGAUAGCCAGGACACAAAAGGGAAGGCUCAAGUCACGUCACACAAAUCGAAUGCUUCGAUUUUCGUUGCUGUGCCGGCUAGAGACGACAAAAAGGCCGAAGUGUAUCAGUUCCCAGAAGAGAGGCUGAAGUACGUGGUGCCUCGCGCACAGUCAGAAGAUACAGGAAUGGUCAUGGCCGUAAAGCUUGUACGAGACCCGACAACAAAUAGGACGCUCGUAAUCACCGGCUACGAAGGACGGCUCACAGCUGUGCAUCUACUACCCAAAGAUGAUGGAUCAGCCAUAGGGGUGGCUCAGCUUGUAUACCUCAGCCAACCUCAUACGCAACCCAUAUUGUCAUUAGAUGUCUCUCCAGAUGCUAAGACGUACUUCACUUCUGGCGCUGAUGCUGUCGUUGCAGCUCACCGCAUUCCGGACCUACCAACUAGAGAGGAAGAUAAGAAGACACCACCACAUAUUCAGGCCGAUGGAGAUGAUCCGCCAGUCUCUAUACCCACCCAACAUCCCGAACCAGCACCUCAUGCUAUCUCCAGCAUCACCGUUCACGACAACAUCACAGCCACUCUAUCAGAUGACCCACCGAUCUCUGUCCCAGAAAAUACUGUCGAUGAACCUCUAUCGUUUUCUAAGCGUCCCGUCGCCGCUUCUGCACAUCGUCAGCAGUCGACUUUUAAAGCUGGCGGCGGCCUCUCCUCCCUCCUCUCCACCGCCUCGACCCACCCAAAGACCGCACAACGUGCACGUCCAUGUCCCACAUCUCCCGCACUCACCAUUCAACCUCCGCACAAAAUCAACAACACCAAGCACGCCGGCCAACAAUCUCUAUCCGUACGCUCAGAUGGCCGACUCCUAGUCACCGGAGGCUGGGACUCGCGAGUACGAAUCUACAGCGCGAAGACGCUUCGAGAAGUCGCGGUGCUGAAGUGGCACAAGGAGGGUGUGUACGCAGUAGCUUUUGGAGAGGUCUUGGAUGCCGAGAAUCUAAGACGUAGUAGUGCAGAAGAAGGAGUGGGUGAAACAGAGCAUGGGGAGGUAGCGAAGAGGGAGACGGGGCUUAGCAAGCUGCAACGCCAGCGCAAAUCGAAGAUGCAGCUUCAGCACUGGGUAGCUGCCGGGGCGAAGGACGGCAAGGUCAGUCUUUGGGAGGUGUUCUGA